AUCACUAAAACUGAAAUGUUGAAAACGCGCCAAGAUUCAAAAUCACAAAAUUUCCAAGAAAAACAAACCCUAGUUUUCUUCCCCAAAAUCAAACGCAUUCCCUUUUUCAUUUUCCUCUUAAUCACUUCGUCACUUCAUUCUUUCAUUUUGAUUUUGUUACUUCGAUCUCCAAUUUCUUACCCUAACUCACUAUCACAGUAACCCCAAUCAGCACUCCGCAGUAGCUAUCGUCGCUGCUCACUCUGUCAGUAACUUGUGGCGGCACGAUUCACUCCGUCAUAGCUCAGUUCACUCUUUCGAUGAGUUAAGUGAAGUGCGGAAGCAGCAGGCAGGAGGAUAUGAAUACUAAGUACUAUGAUAUUGAUGAUAUUAUUAUGGAGGAAGAGACUGUGUCAGUUAUAUUUCAGAAGACUGCAUCUGGAGUGGGAAUAGAUCCCAGUUCUGAAAAGGACUUUAUUGAAACUGGUUCAAAAGUUGAAUUGCCAUUUUGGCUUGCUCAUGAGUUACAGAUGAGACAGGCAGUAUCAGUCAACAUUCCCUCUUGUUUUGAUAAAACAACAAGGCUAGAGAUCCAAGCUGAUUCGGCCGGUGUGGAUCUGAGGUCCAGAUGUCCAUUCUUUUAUGAGUUUGGUUGCAAGAUAGCACCCAUAGUUGGCGACCGAACCAUUGGGUUUCUGUUGUUGUCUGCUUUUAAGAGUAGGUACAAGGAAAUUCUCACGAAGGCCCAUUCUGUAGCAUUUGCUGCUGGUUCCAAAUUUUGGUCUAUUCUGACAAAAGAAGAGAUCAACUUGUAUGAGACAGCUCAAUCCGAAAUGGCAUCCUUCAAAAAGUGGCGAAUGGGAGGGCCCAGAUUUCAGAUAGCUUCUGUUCUGGGAAAAAAGAGAAAAUCCACUGAAUAGUCGCUUUGCUUUAAACCUUGUAAGCAUCUAUAUGUCCCAAUGUUAUGCUGUUCUGAAUAUGUAUAAAAAAUGUCAGUUUUUUUGUGUUCAUGUAGACUUGAUACAAAUAUAAUGCGUUGUAAAUUUCCAAUUACGGAUACAUAAACGUAGAAGUGAAUUUACUGACCACCUUGUGGCUAUGUUGUGUGCCAGUGAGUCAUAGUCGAAUCAUCUGUACCAUAACACUGAUCACGGGUUGUGCCUAUAGUGUACUAAGUUGCUCGGGUGUGAUUUUUUGAAUUUUUCACACACAGCAUACUUUUCACCAAAA